GUUACACAACCGGCCGCCGCCACAGCCGAGUUUCACAAGUCCCGCAGCCCGCGCCCCCCGUGCGCCCACCGCCGCACCGCCGGCACUGCCCCCGGCCCGCCGCGCUCAUGCCAUGUCCCCGCCGGGCAGCGGGACCCCGCGGGCAGCGGUAACCCCUGCGGCCGGGGGGGCACCGCGCCAGGGCUGGGCAUGGCACUGAGAGCGGCUCCGGGACGCGCAUCUUCCUAGGCGGAUUAAUUUUUCUCCGUCUCUAUUUACAUGGUGAUAAGAAGUGCUAAUCCCACUCUGUCAGUCUGGACUGAUGAAUCUGAGGAAUAGAACAGAGCCCUGUGUUGUGUAAACGAACUGAUGGAUGAAGAUGAGAAGGACAGGGCAAAGAGGGCAUCACGCAACAAAUCUGAGAAGAAGAGGAGAGACCAGUUCAAUGUCCUCAUUAAGGAGCUUUGCACCAUGCUGCAGGGCCAUGGCCACCCUCUCAAGAUGGACAAGUCCACAAUCCUGCAGAGGACCAUCGACUUCCUACAGAAACAGAAAGAAAUCACAGCACAGACAGAAGCCUGUCAGAUUAGACAAGACUGGAAGCCUUCAUUUCUUAGCAACGAGGAGUUCACCCAGUUGAUGUUAGAGGCACUGGAUGGCUUUCUCAUUGCUCUUACCACUGAUGGGAUUAUUAUUUAUGUGUCUGACAGUGUUUCAUCUCUGCUGGGACACUUACCGUCAGAUUUGGUGGACCAAAAUAUAUUGAACUUUCUGCCUGAGGGGGAGCAGAGCGAGGUAUACAAGCUGCUUUCUCCACAUGUGCUCAUGACAGAUCCUGUUGCAGCUGAUUUUCUCAAUGCAGAAAAACAAAUAGAGUUUUUUUGCCAUUUAGCAAGAGGCAGCUUAGAUCCAAAUGAACCCCUGAUGUAUGAAUAUGUGAAAUUUGUAGUGGAUUUUAAAUAUUUUACUCAUGUGCCUACACCCUCCUGUAAUGGCUUUGAGUCAGCUAUUGCACGGGCUUUCAGGUCAGCCCCGGAGGAGCAGAUCUGCCUGGUGGCCACCGUGCGCCUGGUCACGCCACAGUUCCUCAAGGAGCUCUGCAACGUUGAAGAGCCGUGUGAAGAAUUUACAUCGAGGCAUAGUUUAGAAUGGAAGUUUUUAUUCUUGGACCACAGGGCUCCACCUAUUAUAGGAUAUUUGCCCUUUGAGGUUCUGGGAACGUCAGGGUAUGAUUACUACCACGCAGACGACCUGGAGCUUCUUGCUAGGUGCCAUGAACACUUGAUGCAGUUUGGAAAAGGCAAAUCCUGUUACUAUAGGUUCUUGACCAAAGGGCAGCAGUGGAUAUGGCUGCAGACUCACUACUACAUCACCUACCACCAGUGGAACUCCAAGCCUGAGUUCAUUGUUUGCACUCAUCUGGUAGUUAGUUACGCAGAGGUUCGGGCUGAGAGAAGACGAGAUCUUGGCCUCGAAGAGUCAUCAAUUGAACUGGCAUCCUCUUCUCUAAAGAGCCACAGCAGCUACCUGGAGGUGGGGCAGUGCGGCAGCAGCCAGGACGCCAGCCGGGAGGGAGUGUCGCUGUCCUCGCACAGCUCCCGGCGCUCCUCGCACACCACCCUGUCCGACUCCACCUCCACAUCGUCCAUGCGGCGCACGGACACCAGCACCCCCACGCGGCCCGGGGCUCCGGGGGACAAGGCGGCGCUGCGGCUGGCGGCGCCCGGCGGCGCCCAGCCAGUGUACCAUUUCCCCACGCAGCUGGGGAUGAUGCACCAGCUGAAAGAGCAGCUGGAGGAGAGGACUCGCAUCCUGCAGGCUGACAUCAAAACACAGCAAGAGGAGCUCCAUGUCAUCAAGGAGCAGCUCCAGCUCGUGCAGGACUCCAACCUGCAGAUGCUGAUGCAGCAGCCGAUCCCCGUCAUCCUGAACGCGGCCGUGCAGCAGCCCGGCCCCCGGCGGCCCCAGGGCACGCCCCGGCACAGCACGGCCAAGAAGGCCCAGCAGCCAGCCCUGCCCGGGACAAAGCAGCACUGCAGCCCCCAGCUGCUGUCACCGCAGCCAUUCCUCAGGGACCCCUGUGGCACUGCCCCCCAGGUACAGCAGCAGAAGCAGCAGCACCCCAUGAGAGGAAGCCAAGGCCAGCAAACGUGUGUGCCAGGGCAGGGCAGCAUCCCAGUGCCCUUCUACAACAGCCCCAUGGUGUUCUCCCAGGCUCACCCCAUCGCCGUGGCUGCACAGGUGCCCGCUGACAGCACUGAGAGGCAAACACCAGCUGAGUACAGCCAGGACAGGAGCCUCAGGAUGCUGCUGGAUCAGUCCAUCCAAGCCAUGAUGCCCACAGCCAACAGCAGCUGCCAGCCCGUGCAGAGCAGUGCCAGCAGGCAGCAAGGAAAGUUUGUUGCAGAGCAGCAGAGCCUGGCUCCCCCAGCAGCACAGCCGGCCACCUGCAGCCCCGCCCGGCCUGCGGCCCCGCCGCCCAUCUUCUCCCCGUCCCUCCUUGUCCCACACUCCAGCUUCACCUCUCACCAGCCCAGCACACCCCUGCACCUGCACCAGUGGCCACAGCAGCAGGUUCAGCAGCACCGCCUCUACCUUCAGAUGCAGGGUCCCGAGCUGGUGCCUGGGGCUCCGACGCAGCGCAUUUUCCAGCCGCCCCACGCCCCGCAGCAGAACCCCCUGAGCUACUUCCUGCACCCCCAGCAGCAGAGCCACCACACACAGGGCCAGCCCUGCAACCUGCCUGACCUGCCCGAGAUGCAGCUGCCCUGAGGUCACUUGUGGGGACAAGGAGCACACGGCGCAGCCGCCGCGCCCGGCGCGCACGAGAGCACGGAGCUGUCAGAGCACGGCACCGGAGAGGUCGGGCUCAUGGGGAGGUGUGCCUGCAGGGAUGGAUGGUCUCUGACAGGAGUGCAUGGCUGCAGGGGCCUGCUUUGGGGGGAUUGCCAUGCAGCCAGAUGCAUGGGAUGUAUUCCAUGAUGCUGUUCCAGCAGCAGGGUGUGCCCUGGCCCAGCACCAUGGUGCCACUGGGAGUGGUGCCUAUUGCUGCAGGGACAGCAGGUAUCGGCAUCAGGCCGUCAUGGAGCUUGGUUUGCAAUGGAAAACAACCUUUUUCCAUUCAGGACUUCAAUGCUGAAAGUCACUGUGAAUUUAAGCCCAGCAUUUGGAGCACAUAGACUGUACCAGUCCACAGGACACCAUUGGAUUUCUGUGUACAUAACUCGUUUUGCUGUAGUAGGUCCAUUGUGAAUUCUUUUUCCUUUUUCUAUACCUCAGUCCCGCAGGUUUUUUUUCCAGGAGUUUGGAUAAUGCUGCUAAUUUACAUAACACCACUUUUGCCUGAAUUUCUUACUGUUGUUAUACCAGCUCACAUCGCAGCUAGUUCAAUAUUUGUCGUGUUUUAUUUUUGGUUAACAAGUGAAGAUAAAUUUGUAUGGUUUUUACUCCCUGUAGCCAAAUAUUUUUCAGGUUACAGACAAAGAAUCUUUACUCCUUUUUUUUUGUUGUUGUUUCAAGUGAUGUAGUUGUAAAUGUUUCUAUUCGUAAAAACAAACAAACAAACAUGCAUAGAACAGCAUAUGACAGCAAACUUUGUGGUUUUGCUAGGUCAUAUUUCAAUUUGGCAAACCCAAAAUGUAUAAUCACAACACACGAUGUUACAAGCCCAUAGGGUCAGCAAUAAAUUGUAUUUUUGUAAAUUGUCACUUUUUAACUGUAAGUUUAUAUUUAUGAAUUGAAAAGCCAGUUUAUUCCUCAGUGGGUGUAUAGUUAAGUGUCCCUACUGUUUGUGUCUUUCCAAAGGAAAACUUUAAAAGUACAUUUUUGGAGUGUUAGUAGCUGAGUACUAACUUUGGGCAUUGUUAGAGCCCAAAUGUAGAUGGGUUUGGCCAUUACUAUAAACUUUGCAAGGCAGUGAAGGCAGUGGUUAGUUAGGAUCAGGGAGCAGAGGACCAUUAGGACCAGAGCAGUAAAGCUCUAGCUGGCAGACAGAGCAAGGCUUAGAGAGGAGUUAGUUCCUGAUGUUUAGUUCCUAAUGUCUGUUGAAACCAAGUGAAGAGUGCUUGGUUUUGCCUUUUUUUUUUUUUUUUUUUUUUUUAAUAUGGUGUUUGGGGUUU